UUUACCAGGUGGGACUCGUUCGACCUCAUCUGUUCCUAGAUUCCCCUUCAAGUUCCUGUCAAGAACAGUUGAACCAAAAAAACCGAGAUGGGGCGAAAAUAUUGUGAUGAUCACUCCUUUUCUCUGUUCUUUUUAGCGGACAACGCAAAGAACAAGACCCCCUAAAUGUACUUUUGCACAAAAAUACAAAAAUGCCGGCCUUUGCCAAUGGAAAUGGCCGGCACUUCUUAUCAUUUUCUUCUCCCUUCUCUUUCCCUUCAGAAAUUCCACCAAGUGUCUCUCUUUCCCUCUUCGUCUUUGCCCUUUGUUAUGCAGUUCAUCAAGAAUAAAUAACAACUGAAAAUGGACUUGAUAAAAAAGGUCAUGGGAAAUGUACAAGCAAAGAACUCAAAGAGCUCACCCGCUAAAGGCUUGGCCAAGUUGAAAACGGAAAAUGAGCAUGUGGGGACAGGCAUGAUGGGCCAGAGGAGAUCUACGGGUCAGAGAUACAAUGAGAGGGAACUUGGCGGCGGCCGGAUUCGGAGGCCUGAGUUGCCUGUUGUUCCUGAACGUAGUGAUGAAGGGAAAGUGAUUAAUGGAGAUGGGAAAAGAGAUUUGCAGUGGGGAAAUACUGAGGAUGGUGAGGUGGUUGAUGGAUGGCCUAAAUGGCUCAUUGAUAAUGUUCCUAGAGAGGCUUUGGAGGGUUUGGUUCCGAAAAGUGCCGAGUCCUAUCAUAAAAUUGACAAGGUUGGGCAUGGAACAUACAGCAAUGUGUAUAAAGCUCGAGAUAAGGACACUGGAAAGAUUGUUGCCCUGAAGAAGGUUCGAUUUGAUACAUCAGAACCUAAGAGUGUUAAGUUUAUGGCAAGAGAAAUUAUGAUUUUGCAGAAGUUGGAUCAUCCCAAUGUGAUAAAGCUUGAAGGAUUGGCAACAUCAAGAAUGCAAUAUAGUCUUUAUCUUGUUUUUGAUUUCAUGCAGUCAGAUUUAGUUAGAGUAAUCUCCCAGCCUGAUGGGAGACUCACUGAACCUCAGGUGAAGUGUUAUAUUCAUCAACUGCUUUCAGGCCUGCAGCAUUGUCACGAAAGAGGGAUUUUACAUCGUGACAUCAAGGGAUCAAACCUGCUGAUUGAUAAAAAUGGGAUGUUAAAGAUUGCAGAUUUUGGACUUGCAAAUUACUUUUCUCCCAAUCAAAAGCGCCCACUCACAAGCCGGGUUGUAACACUUUGGUAUCGAGCCCCUGAACUGUUGUUAGGCACCACAAAUUAUGGUGUUGGUAUUGAUUUAUGGAGUGCUGGAUGCCUCUUGGCAGAAAUGUUUGCGGGCAGGCCAAUUAUGCCUGGUAGAACCGAGGUUGAGCAACUUCACAGGAUUUUCAAGCUAUGUGGUGCUCCAUCAGAGGACUACUGGAAAAAAUUGAAGCUGUCUACAACUUUCAGGCCACCAGCAUACAGACCUUGUCUUUUCGAAGCCUUCCAGGAUUUUCCUGAAUCUUCUUUCGGUCUCUUGACCACACUUCUUGCAUUAGAUCCUGCAUAUCGUGGCUCUGCAUCUUCAGCUCUCCAAAAUGAGUUCUUUACCACAAGUCCAUUGGCAUGUGAUCUUUCAGGUCUUCCUGUAAUUUAUAACAAGGAUGAUGACUCAACUGCCACAAUCGAAUCCAGAAAGAACAGGAGAUCGAGAAUGAAACAUCCGUCUAAAACAUAUUGCAAGCGCAAAACUAAGGAUCAAGCCUCUGAACCACCAAAACAAGAAAAUGUUCCAAAUAAUGAGGAGCCUGAGGAGAAGAUUGUUGAGCUAGAUGUGCAAAGCCAUUUGGCCUUUAGCUGCACGAGCAGUGCCUCAUCCAGCGCAAAGCAAAGCAGCCACGAGGAGAGCUUGCCUUUCCUGAUCUCCCCGAUUGGAGAUUCACACCAAAGGAUGCCAUUGAUAACACCCGAUCAUCCUAAUGCAGGCAAGAACAUCAAGAAUCAGCCUCCAUUACCUGCUUCCAAAAUGCUUUCAAACAAUUAUGAUGACAAUAUUGAUAGCAAAUACAAAUUAAAUCAAGUCCAUAGAUCUGCAUCCACCAGAGAAUUCAUAAAAUUGAAUACAAACAAAGACUUAGAAGCUCUGUACAUUUGAUCAUCAGACAAUGAGAACUCAUUUUUCUCUUUUUUUUUGGUUAUAUUUGUCUCAUUUC